AUGGAUGAAGACUUUAAGACAAAGGCACUUGACUCUACUCUUCAAAGUCCAUCAGAGACAUUACUUUCUAUUCGACUGUUAGAUUUUAAAACAAGUUUGUUGGAGGCAAUAGAAGAGCUGCGUAUAAGAAGGGAGACAGAGAUUCAUUAUGAAGAUCAAAUAAGUAAAAUUGUUGUUGAGAAACAGGAACUCGAAUGGCAGAAGGAAGCUCUGCAGCAUCAGACAGACACAUUGCAUCAACAAAACAAAGAAGCUGUGGCAACUUUUAAAAAACAGUUACAGGCAAAGGUGUUUGCCAUGGAAGAAGAAAAGGGAAAAUAUCAACUUGUUGUAGAAACAAAAGAAAAAGAAAUUGAUGGACUGAAGGAAACAUUAAAGGCAUUACAGAUUUCGAAAUACGCUUUACAAAAGAAGUUGAAUGAAAUGGAUCAGAAAUUACAGAUGCACUUAACAACAAAAGAGGAGCAUCAUAAGAAACUAAAUGAAGUUGAGAAGUGUUAUGCUACUAUUGCAUAUCAGUUUGGAAUUGUAAAAGGGGUGCAUGGAAAAUUAGAGCACAGUGUACAGGAAGCAAUACAACUCAAUAGGAAACUAACAUCAGUGAAUAAAAGACAAGAGACUGAAAUAAUUAAUCUGAAGGAAGAACUGAAGAAAGUAACUUCAGACUUGAUAAGGUCCAAGGUCACAUCUCAGUACAGGGUGGGAGAAGAAAACAUCAAUCUUGCAGCAAAGGAAAAAGAGUUUCAAGAACUGCAACAAAAAAUCAGAAUGGAGACAGAAGUUAGUAAAAAAGUUCAGGAAGAAAACACUCACAUUAAAGAAGAAAAGCUGGAAAUUCUCAGCUCUCUACAAUGUGUGCAGGAGUUGCUUCAGCGAAUAACCCAAACGAAUAUUAGAGUGGAAGGUGAAUUAAAUGCACUGAAAGAAGAAUAUCAGGCCCUUGAAAGAGAUAAUGAGCUGCAAAGGGAGAAGGCAAAGGAAAAUGAAGAAAAGUUCCUUAAUCUUCAGAAUGAGCAUGAGAAGGCACUAAGAACUUGGAAAAAAGAUGAGGAAAAUAUGAGAAAAGAGAUGAAUACUAUUAAAAAUGAGCUGAAUUCCCUCAAAGGAGUUUAUGGACAUCUUGAAGAUUAUCGUUCUCCUCAGGAAGAUCAGCAUUCUGAGCAAGCAGAAAAUCUGCAGGUAAGUGUAUCUAAUAGCCCAGUCCUUCAUAAUUGUCAUCAAGAGCAAUCAAAAGACGGUGAAAUACAAGCUAUUCAGAAAGAAAAUAAAUGUAUACAAUAUAAAAAGAAAGACAGUAUUUUUGGACAUGAAGAAGAAAUUGGAAUAAAAAACACAAUGGACUACUCGUUAAGCAAGGAAGAAGUGCAGAUAGAACAAAUUUUACAAGUUCUUGAAAACAGUUGUAAGGAUGAAGUUAAUGUUGCUAGCCUUUAUGAAGAAAAGCAAAGGGAGGCUUCUUCCAGGAACACCCUCUGCACAGAUACUGAUUUAAUUACCCAAGGACAGGCCUGGGAAAUAUGUGUCACUGAGUGCAAAGCAGCAGUACGUUUAGGAACGAUCCCCAGAAUGCUACUGGAGGAAAAGAAAGCAAGUUUAGAACAUAAGCUACAGGACAGCACUGAUCAAGUGGCAGCACUCCACAUGGAAACUGGAAAGGUAUUUUUAGACAGUAUUGACAUAGCGGGUGUCUACAAGAAGAAUGCAAGUCAGGAGACAAAUUCCAGCAAGGAAGAAUUGGGCAAUGCUACAGAUGAAUCAGUUUGCACUAAUGCAGACAAAAAGACAAAUAUCAUACAAUACAACAAAAAUGUCCUUAUGACUGAAAGACCCAACAAAGAGUCUGAAGUGGUUCUUAGGACUGAGGAGAAUGCUGGGCCUGAGAAAAGUACAGACAGUCAUCAAGCUAAGGAAUUAAAUUUUGGUAUCCUAUCUUAUAUUAAAGAUGAUCAUCAGGCAGAAUACCAGGAAUGUAGCUUGCCGGCCAGUGACAAUUAUGUAGAUAACAGGUUACAUGAAACAGAACAAAAAAAGUUAAGUCUGAGUGAUUCACGUACGGAUACAUUUCUGUUUAAACAGCAGCAGCAUACAGAUGUUGAAGAGAGAAAUUACAAUGACAAUGCCAGAAACAUAAGCAGAAAUGAUGCACUACUGAGUAUUGGCUUUCCAGCAGCCGAUGCUGAAAAUUUACCCACUGUUUAUUGUGAUAAUGUGAGCAGUGAUGACAUCACAAAAGACCAUUGUAAUAAUAGGCCUCUCAUAAGUUCUUUCAGUUUAUCUGCAAAAGCAGAUAGAGGAAUAAGUGUGAAUGACAUGCAAAACAAUCAACCUGAACAAGCCAGUACUGAAAAAACUGAAAGUAAUGCAAAUGCAUGUGCUUUGAAUGCUGAAAACUUUUCUACAGUAAAUGCUGAUGAUCUUGAAAUAAUCGUUCAUAAGGAAACCUCAACAGACAGAAGUAGUACAGAUAAACUAAUACCAUGUGAAGAAGUUAAUAAUGAUACUCAGAUACAAUCCAUCAAAAAGGGACAUUCCCUGGAGAUUAAUGACAAUUCAAUAAAUAAUGCAAUGUUAAAAGAGAAAAAAGAUUCUCUAAAUAGUACAGUUUCAGGAAGUAAGUUUGCUGAGGGUCACCUGAAAGAAUCAUGCUCUUUACCCAUGAGAACAUCUGGAAAUUUAGUAAAUGUAAGUGGAAGGUCAUUCUUUGAUCUUUCAAUUUCAGAUAAAAAAGCUGAGAAAACUCCAGCAUACUUAAAUUUUUUAGACCUCAGUCCUUGUUCAAAAGUAAAUCAACUGAGAAGUCAAACAGUGCGGACUCCCAAAGAACCUUCCCUUUUGAAAGAGAAACUACCAGAUCUGGCAGAAAACAGAAAGAUUAUUUUAAAAACACAGUGUCAAAAUUUCAGUGAAAGUGUUGUCAGGAAAGAAACAGGACUAGGUUCUACCAGUUUCAACAGAGCUGCCGACACUUUGAAUAUCUGUAGUAUCCACCAAGACCCCCAGGGAGACCCUAGUGAAGAAUGGAAUGCUAUAGUAAAGACUUUUUAUGAUUCUUCUUUUCCCACAGAACAUGUAAUGAAAGAAGGAUUUGCUGUUUUACAGCAUGAGCAGAAGUCUUCACACAUGACUGUAACUCCAGUAAUAAGUGAAAGUGCACUCAGAGAUAAGGACAGAUGUUCUACUCAGAACUUAAAUAUAAAAAAUCAAAUAGAAGAAAUAGAGAAGUUCUUGAAUUUGGAAAGACUUCAUUCAUCAAGAAAGAGAAAGUAUGAAGAAAGUGGAUAAAGAGCAGUGGUGAGAGAUGAAAAUGCAGGUGUGACUGUCUUAGGUACAGAUCAAUCACUUCUGUAAACCAGAUUUGUAGAGGUAUUCCUAUAGAACAAAGUGUGUAUGUAUUACACUUUCUUUAACACAGUUUUUUUCUUUAAAAAAGGAUAUAAUUACUAAAGAAAAUGAGCUCUGUAUAUUUAUGCCAUCAAAUCCAAGUUAUUAUGGUUUUUGCCUGAAGUUAAAGUGUUUACAAAUUAAAUAAUUGUUUAUAUUUAAGUGGUAUUAAAAUACUAAGAGUAAAUAAUCUCCUGCUCCUGAAAAGUUUUGGCUGAAAUACUUCAAUGUUUCUCUGCCAAACUGCUCCUUCAGCUUUUAAACAAAAGCAGUAGCAACUGUUUCACAAGAAUGGUUCCUAGAAUUGCUGGAAGUUGUUACAAAUGUUUUUAAGUGGCAGCAAAACAAGAAAAUCUGCUUACCUUUACUGCAGACUUCAAUCAUUUAACUGUAACUGUUGUAGCUGAUGCUAUCUAAAUAACGCCUCUUUCAACACUAAAUCAUCAAGUGUGAUUUAGAGAGAAAAGCAGCAGAUAUUGCUUCAUAAGGUUUCACUUUAACUGGUUCACAUUUUCCCUCCCUUAUGGUUUAAUAGAAAUUUUCACUUCAAAAUUGCUUGCACUAUCAUUUUUCUGAUCUCUCUCCCUCCCUACCUUGUGCAAAGAAAGAU